AUGAUUGUAGUUCAUGAGGAUCGAGUGUUCAAUAUUUUUAUACCUCAUAUUUCCACCAAGUUUUACAAUAAUAUGACGCAUUUCCAAAUACACCAAACAAAAGAUAAAGAAAAAAACAAAAUACUGAUGAACUUAUUAGGCGGUCCUUUUGGGGAUUGGCCAAAGCAUAGCUCCUAUUUUGGCCCUCAUUUAUGCGAACUAUGCAAAAAACCGGGAAAAAUGUUAAAAAAACUUUUAUUUACCUGUCAACUCUUUAAAAAGAAUAACAAAACUUUUGGUCAUCUUUUGGACAACAAAACAAUGACAGAAACAAUGUGGCACAAUGAACUUGUUUUGUUUAAAGAAAAUCAAUCUCAAAAAAUGAAAAAUUUCGAUUUGGAUAGCUGGAAGAAGAAGCGACGAAGAACAGUUGGUGCAUAUCUAUUGUGUGGUGCUAUUGGAGGUGUGGAUUACAGUGUUGUGUUUGCAACACUGUAUCUAUAUCUCACAGAUUUGGUUAAAACUGAUAAACCGAAGUUGUAUUAUGGAUUAACUAUAGCAUCAUUUUGUUUAUGCUCGACGAUACUGGGACCUCCUGCUGGCCGUUUCAUUGACAAAACUCGUAAAAUGAAAUUGUACACAAACUUUGUACUCGUAGCACAAAUUAUUGGAAAUCUAUUAUAUGCUAUUCACUUUCAUCCAAUUUAUUUAGUUACUGGUAGAUUUAUUGCGGGCAUAGCAGACACCUUCAGUAGCAUCUGCUCUGGUGAGAUUGUUCGACUUUACGACAGCAAAGAAGGUACGAGUGCAUUGUGGUGGCUAGCUUCAUCCUACUCCGUUGGAUUUGCUAUCGGUCCAUGUUUUGGUAUUAUUUUUAAAGGCGUGUUCGACUUUAACAUUGGAUCUCUCACAAUAAACUACUUAAAUUUUGUUGGCAUAUUUGUGGCUGCAAUGACACUUCUUGUGUUAAUAAUUGUCAAUUUCUUUCUGUAUGAUUGUUCGGCUGAAUUUGAUCUAAAAAAGCAUAUAAAAGAACAUGAUGAGUGUUGUACAAGCCCAAAUAAUGACGCAGAAUGUGGUCCAGGUGAAAUUUGUAUGAGUAAAUUAGACCUUAAUGCAGAGGUAGAUGUCGAUAAAGAAAUGCUAAUACAACAUGACUGUGACCAUUCUGUAGCAUCAGUGUUGAAGACCAUCAUUACAAACCCAGACGCUUUGUUAAUGUUUGUAUCUUCUUUUAUGUUUAUGUAUUGCUUAAUGAGCCUAGAUCUACUUAUACCAUUGAUAGAGUUGAAUUUAUUGGGGUGGAGUUUAGAAGCUUUAACAUUAACUUUAGUGACGUAUGGCAUUACGUACUUCUUUGCGCUGUUAAUUUUAUCAAAAUAUUGCACUUCACAACGUGCUGUGUACUGUGUAAGUUUGGUCUGUAUUGUCUUUCAACUGGUUUUGUUUGUUAUUAUGACUGCCAUGAAACGAUUAGAACGAAAUUUGGAACGUGAUGUAACACUGAUGGUCCUUUUUAUGAUUGGUUAUAUUUUUGUGUGGUUCAUUGAAGAGGUUUUGUUGCGAACUAUGGUUGCAAUGAUGGUACCCUCUAUCGUACAAAGUUUUACUGAAGCUUUACGGAAUGUCCUAUCCCGUUCGGGAACUGUUAUUGCUGCCUUAACAGCGGCAUUUGCAAUGUCAGCGUUAGAUUGGUGGUCAAUUGGAAUGGAAAUUGCAGUUUUGAUAUUGCUUGUUUGCUUUAUAUGUCGAUAUAAAUCUUUAACACACAUUCAAGAAAUGUCGUUUUCACAAUAA